AGUGAAGCUUAAAAGAAAUCGCUCACAACACCAAGACUUAUCUAAAAGUGUCACAUUAGAGCCGCAGUGUUGCCAAAUCGCUGGCGUCCUCUUCCUGAUGUAGUAGAACACCGAAGCUUGCGUCAAGCCCCCACAGAAACCGUGGAGCUAUAUUUUUGUCACAGAGGGGCCAGUCAGCGGAGGGAUAUCUGCCAAUUUAUUUAGGUACACUAGAAGCUGAGGCAGCCAGCCGGGCGAUUUGAGUGUUUCCUGGUUUUGAUGCGACCCGAGGGUACCUGGAGCAUGUCCACAGUGGGCCUGACUGCCCAGGAGAUCGCUUUUCCCAUAGAAAACCCCUUCCUCCGGGGCAGCUACUGUAACAGCAUGGCUGGAUCCAAACCCUUCUGGGCCCUUCGCCAUGAGCUGGACAACGUCUACUUCUGUAUGGACACUGCAUGCAUGGAUCACAGUUCUCGCGCCCAACAACAGGGACUACCUCCAUCGUAUCAAAGCUAUGAGAAAAAGAAGCACAGCCCCAGCACACAGAGAUUACCUCCUAAAAAAUCCAGACCCUCCCAUCUCUCCCUGUCAUUUAGAACUGAACCUUCCACCACAAGUCCUGCUGACGAUGACCAGGUGGUCCCCUCUUUCCAAAGGCUGUCAGUGUACGAGUGCAGCAGUCCACCACAAACUCCAGGCAGAUGCUCGAAACCUUUACCCCCUAUCCCUCCACAAAUGGAUCUAUCCCCUGAUCAGGCUAUGGACAAUGAGGUAAAAUUUUUCACAAGCUCAGAUGAGAGCUGCUGCCUGGUGUCUGAUCAAUAUCCCAAAUCGUCUCCUUUUCGCUAUGGAAUCUCUAGUAGACGGAGCUUCAGGGACUGCGGGCAGAUUAACUAUGCUUACUAUGAUGGGCCUUUACCACCACCAAACCCGCACCAGCACAAGCCACAGCCUCUACAGGAAGUGCAGGAACAGCAGGAGCCACAGCGACAAGAAUCCGAACCACUGAUCUGCCACAGGCUGCAGGAUAGGGGUCAGAGGAGGCUACGGCGCUCCCAUUCUGGUCCAGCUGGAUCUUUGAACAAACCUACGCUGCUGCGACCCACCUGCCACAAACACCACACUCAGAGCAUGGAUAAACCUGAGGUGCCACCCCCCAUCCCUCCACGAACAGUCAAGACAGUAGACUAUCGCCGCUGGUCAGCAGAGGUCUCGUCUGGGGCUUUUAGUGAUGAGGACAAACCACCCAAAGUACCCCCAAGAGAACCCUUGUCCCAAAGCAGCUCCCGCACCCCCAGCCCAAAGAGCCUCCCAACAUACAUUAAUGGCGUGAUGCCCCCAACGCAAAGCUUUGCACCGGAUCCUAAGUAUGUGAGCUGCCGGGGUUUACCAAGACAGUAUGGUGAGUGCGCCCCCUGCAUUCUGCCCAUCAUAGAGAAUGGCAAGAAAGUCAGCAACACACAUUACUUUCUUCUGCCUCAGCGGCCUGCUGUUGCGGACACAGCUGGUGAAGAAAAAUAUCUUCAGGUUCCAGACAGCCCCACAGUGUGUGAACCAGAGGUAUCGGACUUGGUCUGGGAUUGCCACACCAGGAGGAAAGCACAUGUGUCUUUUGUUUGAGACAUUUUAGCUUGGACAUGUCAUAGUAGCAGAUGACUCUCCUGUACACGAGUACAAACCACUGACAGACGGGGGAACCCGGACAUCGACAACCCUGUAAACUGCUGCUUUAUUUUAUACCCCUUAUAUAGUCUGAAAACAGGGUAUGUGCGCAUUGCAUUUAGUUACUGGUGACGUUGGAUUCGCAAUUGCGACCAAGAUAAUUAAAAACUGUAUCUCUGACUAAAGAUUGUGGACAAAAUUCAACAUUGUAGAGCUUAUUUUUGAUAUGAAUUCAUACUUCACGACAUUUAAUAUUGUGCCAUUUUACUGCUGUUGUGGUUCAGUCAGAAGGUGCAAGCAGGCCUUGAACCUCACAUGCAUAGUGUUUUGAAAAGGUGAGAAGGCUUUGUGAGGUGCAUUUGGGGCCUUUUGAGGCUCCUUUUGCAUCUCAGAAGGGACAAUAGGUCAGUAAAGAAACCACAUAUCACUUUAUAGAUGAAGUUUAAAUACAAGGCCAAAAUGAAGGAUGCUUUUGUGCAAAUCCCCCCUUUUGUCUUUUGCACUGUAUGUGGGUAAUGCUUUAUGAAUGCAUGAAAACAUACUGUUCUCUUGCCAUGUUGAAAUUUCAGGAUACUACUAUGUUUGUGCAUUUGUGUCACACACAACACGGCAUACGCAUGCAGUUGCACUGCUGGUUGCUAUGCGUGAUUUGAGUGGAAUGUCGAGUGCAGCUCACGUGUAGUUUUCUGUAGAUAUACGAGAUAUGCAUAUGAACAGCUCUUCUGACUUUCUGCAAUUUAGUAGAAAAUCAUUCAUACUUGUUACUGCGCUCUGCUUAGUAGCAGCGCCUGGCUUCUAAUGUGCACGCACUGUUUUUUUUUUUUUUUAUUCCUCCAGUGUCCAGGUGUGUUUUGUUGCAAGGAAAUUGGCAUGUUGGACGUUAGGUGAAUGUGUGAUAUUUGAGGAGCCCAUUUUUGGUCAAGCUGUGAGUUAUUGCUUGGAACUGCUUAUCCUCAAACUACUACCUCCCUUUUUUAUUACUCCUAUAUUUCAUAUACGCCCCAUUAUAACCCAGCGUCAAAGCCUGCAAGACAUUUAGAAGCUGCACACGUGACCUCACCCAAAAUUUGAAUCCAAGUAGCAAUUUAGAACCAAUGCUAACAAGCUAUCCAUACUGAAUUUACAGGCUAACCUGUUAACACAGACACACCAUGCAGCAUUUACCUGCCUGACUCAGACUUUCCUGUUCUGCUCAUGCAUUCCUGCCCUACAUGAUCGCAGUGGGUGUGGUCUGACAGACUUUGGCUGCUGGCAGCUGAGAAAAUAUAUAAAUUUUAUUGUUGUAGAUUGUUCAAGAAACAUCAGGACGAUGUAGCACAUGUAUUGAAGUAACCCUUGAUAUCGAGCGUGGUGUUCAGUUGGGGCAAACAGAUAACUGCUAAGGUCAAACGGUCUUUGAAGUACACUUUUUAAAAAAUACAUAUACAUAUCUCCCUCCUGCUCACCGAGCUUGCUGACAUGAUGUUGGCUUGACUUAAAUGUCUCAAAUGUUUACAUCAUACACUGAUACUUUUUUUUUAAUCUUAAGGUAUUCGCAUGUCUUAGAAAAACAAAAAUGAAGGAAGACUGGGUUAUCGAGGAAUAACUUCUCUGCUGUGGUGAAGACAUGCACUGGGAGACUACAGUAUGCUGUGUACAGUAUUUAACAAUUCCAUUUGUUGUCCUGAAUAGCUGAUGAGUAUAUAGUCUUUGAAUAAAAUGACUUAUUUAUGAUC